AUGCCAGAGGUCAGCGAUGAGGCCAUCGCCCGAGAGGUCCGGACCUUGAAGACCUUACGGAGACGAUCCGUUACAUCGUCCGGCCCUGGAGCAUUACCCGUGGAUCCGGAUCUGCCACCUCCUUCAUCAACCAACCACCAGCCUUACCCACCUGAAGUCUCAUCCGCUUUCAGCUCUGACGACGAUGUCACAUUAGCGCCAGCGCUCAACGGAGACUCGUUCUGGGUCCCCGCUCAUCUACAUCCUGAGCUUGCUCCUGGAGAAUUUCGAGCCUUUCUCAAAUCUCACACUUCAGGCAAUCCCGAAGCUGCCGAAGCAGAUGGCUCGGACUCUCUCGCUCGUUCGCCAUCAUGGCUCGCGAGAAGAGACAGCAGGCGAGGCGGGGACGCACUAGGGAGGAAGAGGAGUAUGCUGUCGAGGCAAUAUACCCCGAAAGCUGGUGACAACGUGGAAAACGAGAGACCGCCGGUGCCCGUCAGGCAGAGGUCGAGCAUCUAUGGCGGAGUGACUGGAGACAAGGGACUGACAUUAGAGGAUCUGCAACGUUUGGAGAUGCUCGUUGAAGAGGCUGCAGAAAGCGAUGACCCAGCGGCAAUGACAAAGCUCCUCAAGAGAAACCUAAGUCUCAACGCGCAAUCGGGAUUUCUCCAAGAUGAUGUACCCGUCGAGUCAGUGGGCGCGCCAGACCUUCCUUCACGUCCAAGCUCGAUUCUCCGGCGGUCAGCUAUCACCAAAACCCGGAAAUACGGACCGGGAGGAGAGGGCAGCACGUCGCGUUAUGGGUCGUCACGGAGGAGCCGGAUGACCGCGACGCAAGGUAUGGACGGUCAAGGCUACCCGGAGGACGACCGCGCGGCAGGACCUUCCAGACGGAGAGCCACGACGCCCAGUGAUGAUUCGGAAGAAUCUGCUAGACGCAGACCAAGCAGUAGUGAUUCCCACGAGCGUAAUCUCGAAGAUCGGCGUCCUUCAACAGGUUCAACAGAUGAGACCACGAUCUUUGACGCAUACGCGAGGAGCUCUCGUCAGUCAUCCAUAUCUACCGACACCUCCCGCAGUGGAAGUCCCAGCCCAGAGCCUUCUCCUCCUCAACAACACAGUAGUCUGCCGAUGCUAGAGCUGCCGAAAUCGAGCUCCGCCGGUAGCUUUGAUUGGUUCAAAGAAGAUGGUGAGAAAACGCCAACUCAGGAUUCCCCAACGGAUCCCUUGGCGGGAUAUCGACGACCGUCCCCGACCGAAGGAUAUGCCGAAUCCCGACCAUCCGCCAACAUCCCUCCUUCACUUGCGUUGGAUAGGCAACAGCCUGAACCAAGGCUUGGCCCGGAACAAGUCACUCCUAGAGCAUCUCACCAGGAAUUGCCCCCCGGUAUGGCGCCGCCUGCAGCGAGAUCUUCCGGACCUCAAGGUAAUACGUUUCAACCCGCCAUGGAAAGACCGUCCAUCACACGCACAGAUACUUCGUCAACUGCCACCAAGGAGAAGGAAAAGGAAAAGGAGAAAGAGAAGAAGGGAGGACUAUUUUCGAAAAAGGACAAAAAGUCGAACAAGAAGGAAAAAGACUCGUUCCUUGGGUCCUUGUUCGGUGGAAGCAAGAAGAAGCACGACGAGCCUGUCCCCGUAUCCAGCUUUUCCUCGGCCGGGCCAGCAGCGGCCGCUGCACUCCUCGGCGCGUCCAAAUCGAACAAGCCGCAUACAGCUGGAUCUACUCCAACUUCUCCCAACUUCAAUUCGUUCGCUCGCUACCCGAUACACGUCGAGCGAGCAGUCUACCGCCUCAGUCACAUCAAACUCGCUAAUGCGAGACGACCUCUUUACGAGCAAGUCUUGAUUUCCAAUCUCAUGUUCUGGUAUCUCGGUGUCAUCGGCCGUAAUGUCGCCGAGGAGAAGAAGGCCAAUGGAGAGGAGGAAAAGGCUCAAGCCAAGCAGCCGGUUGCGAAGGGUACACCACCUCGACCUAUCGAUUCUGGCAGCGCAGGUGUGGCACCGGUCCGUGAGCCCAUCCGAGAGCCAGUCCGAGAACCCAUCCGAGAACCGAUUCGUGAGCCUGUGCGGGAGCCGGCGACAGCGCCGAUCGCGAGCUCCGGCAAGAAGAUGGGUCUUACCAAACCGGAUCGAAGCCGUCAAUCUGGCAGAGAUGCCGAAGCACCGAUCCGACAGCCUUCCUACGGCAUGCAGACUGUCCAAGUGGAUCACGAAGUUCGCAACGCCAAUAUGGCCAUGGCUAACAUGGGUCUAAAAGGUCCUCCUCGACCGCCGUCAAUGCUUCCACCCACUCAACAGCAGAACUCACCUCAUCGACAGCAUCAAAAUGUACAACAGCAUGCUUCGACAUCACCUCCGCCGCCUCCGCAACCUGCAUCUACCCCGCAUCGAUCGAACUCGCAGCCUCCACCUCAACAGACACAGUCUCAUCGAGCUCGAUCGCCUCCCACUGCGAUUCAAUCUCCACCUGUCAGUGAUUACACCUCUCCUACCAAGCAAUCACAACCACCGCCUGGGCCUGUCCGCAAUGGUCCAUCACCUCCACUACAGCCCGAUUUCCACCGUGCUCAGGGUCACAAUGGGAUGUCCACUUCGCACUCCAUGUCAGAUGUGAGAGAUACGAGACAGCGGACGUAUUCGAACCCGCCUGCUCCUCCUUACCCUGCCAACAAUCACCCUCAGCCUCCUCAACCUGGUCCAGUCUCACCUCCUGGCCAACCAAACAAUAUGCGAAGGGUUGUCUCGGAAGUCAAAUCACCGCAGCACAGUGGUCCUCAGCCUGGCCAAAUCUUCAGACAUCCGCAAGCUUCGCAACCAGUCCCACCUCCAACACAACAGAUGCAGCAUUCUCCCUAUGGCCCGCCUCGACCCAUGACGAGUCCGCCACCUGCUGCUGCGUCGCCAGGCAGAAGUGGAUACCCUGGCCCGCCGCCUCAACAGCGGCCUAUGCAGCCUGCUCUGAAUGGGCCAAUGCCAGGUCAGGUAUAUCGCGGACAACCAUCGCCAGCAGUACAAUCGCCGACUUUCGCCAAUGGGGCUAGACCGAGCGUACCGUGGGAACCGCCUCAGCGGCUCCCGCAAGGCAUACCUGUGGGUAGUCACACAGGUCAACAAUACCGCCCUGCUGCGCCGCCGCAAUACCCUCAACAGCCUUUGCAGCAACGCUCACCGCCAGCCCAGAGUCAGCCAUACGACGCCAGACAUCACACUGCGCCAAUGCAGGGCUACUCCCCGAAUGGAAUUCCAUCGCCGAGUAUGCAGCCUUCUUACUCGGCACCUCCACCCCAUCAUGCUCAAUCAGGACGUCAGGCGGUACCGCAAGGUAGGCCACCGCAGGGAUUCAGUCCUUAUGGGCAACCAGUACCUCAGAGGCAGAGGAGUACGGGAGAUCAGGACAUGUACCGUGGGCCGGCGCCUCAGGCAAUUCAACAAGGUCUUCCAUACGGCGCGCAUCAUCGAUAG